AAUAUGAAUGCUUAAAGAAGAAAAAGGUUAUGUUGUGUUUAUUUAUUUAUCUGUAACAAUUAAUUGUAAUAGACAUUAUUUUCAAAAUAUAUUUGGUAAUCCGGCAUAAGUAUGAGAACGUGUUUGAGCAUCACAUAAAAAUUUGCUUAUAAUGGAUAUAAGCGAAUUUUCUCAGGAUGAUUUUGACGCAAAAGCCUGGGUCAAUGCAGUUUUAAACUCAAAUGUGUUAGAUAAGCAGAAUGACUAUGUAAUCGGAUUAGCAAUGAAACUGCAGUUGUAUGUUCAACAAGUCAAUAAAGCUUUAGAAAAUACCAGUCAACAAACAUUGACUAUGAUGCCAAAAAUCAUAAGAGAUACAAAAGCAUUACAAGAAGAGGCUAUAAUAUUGAAAGAAAAAAUGGAACAGGUGAAGGAAGACAUCAUAAAAAUUGAAUUGGAUACCACAAAAUCUAUAAAUUCAAUUGAAGCAUUGGAUUCAAUAAAGAAUAAGCUUGUUUUGGUCAAAGAAGGGCUUCAAGAGACAGAUAACUGGGCAAUUUUAGUAAAUGACCUGGAAGAAGUAUUCGAUUCUAAAAAUAUAGAAAAUAUUUCAAACAAAAUCCUGGGUAUGCAAAAUUCACUUAAACUUUUGGUUAAUGUAGUUGAUUAUGAAGAUCGAAGGCUACAAUUGGAAGGUUUAAAAAAUAGACUGGAGGCAAUUGCUAGUCCAUUAAUUGUACAAGCUUUUACUUCUUACAACACAGAACAGGCUGCAAGAUAUGUUCAUAUUUUCCAGUUAAUGGGGAGAUUGCCCGAAUUGAUAAAAUACUAUGGUAAAUGUGAAAAAGAUACAUUAAUAAAAAAGUGGCGCGAUCAAUUAGAAACUGAACUGGAUGGCUCAGUAGUUCAGUGUAUGCACAAUUACUACAAUGUACUCAUUUCAAAUUGGCAUACACAAGUAAAAUGGUUCACCCAGGUAUUUACGGGAGAAUGUGCCAGUAGCACUUUAGUAGACAUAUAUGUAAUGGUAUUAAAUUCUCUAGAUCCUUCUUUAAGUGACUGUCUUCAAGCAGCCAUGAAACAGGUGCCUGAUAAAUUAAUAUUUUUAAAGGAGGUCAAAGAGGUAACCACACAAUUUUCUGAAAAUAUGCUAGAGAAAACCAUUGGCAUAGAACCAACCAAAAUUCAAAAUCUAUUAAGAGCCAUAUUUGCUCAUUUAGUCAAUUAUAUCAGCAAUUAUGCUGCAUAUGAACAAGCUCAUUUGAAUAAACAACUUGGAUCAAUAAACUGCAUGAAAGAAGAAUUGUCAGAUACAAUUCAAGCCUUAGGAUUGAGUGUUUCAGUAAUUAUAGAUUAUGCUAGAGAUGCAAAAAAACGCUGCUUUGAAGUUACAGAACAAUAUGGUAUAUGUGGUUUACUUGUUGCCUUGAGGGCAUAUUUUUCAAACUACAGUGGAUAUUAUAGAGUGGCUUUGCGACAAGUUGACAGAUCCAAGAGACCUGAGGAAGAUUGGUCAACAUUUCAACUUUGUCUUACUCUUUUACAAUACAGUGGAGAUGUACUGUUAAAAAUUCAAGAACUUGAAAAAGAUUUGACAAGCACUGUAUUGGAAUUGAAUAAGAAAAAAGACAGAGUUGAUUUAAAACAUUAUGUUUUGAGUGCUUCUGCAUUAAAAGAGUAUGACUCCCUAAUAAGAUGUGUAACUGAAGGAACACAGCUAUCACUUUUGGACCAUGUAACAAAUGAGUUUAGUAAACUGUGCAGUGACAUACAUCAUACAACAUAUCAAGUUGUAUUUGGACCCAUUGCAUCCCAACUAUCUGUAGUGCAAGUUCCUCAGACUUGGUCACAAUAUGAUGAAUCUGCAAUGCAUAAUUCAGAUUUGCCGGAUUAUAGCUUUUCUCCUCAAGAGUAUAUAACACAAAUUGGCCAAUAUUUAAUGACAUUACCUCAACAUUUAGAACCAUUUUUAUUUAGAGAGAAUCCUUCUCUAAUGUGUGCCCUUAAGUCUAUUGAUCAAGAAUAUGCAACUGCUGCAAAUACAGAAGGUGCAUUGGCGCAAGUAUUUCUCAAAAUUGUAGCCAGAGGAACAUGUAAUAAUUUUUGUGACAAGAUUCUAUCUGUAUGCCAACUAAGUCAUUCGGCCAGUAGGCAAUUGGCCCAUGAUAUAAGUUAUUUAAACAAUGUUUUGCAAGACCUUGGUAUCAGCCUCUCUGAAAAUUUGCAGCAACUCUCCUUGUUAUUAAAAAUUCCAUCUGAUCAGUAUCAGAGUCAAAGUACCAGUUGUUCUGCAAGAUAUGUAGCUGCUGUUAGACAAAUGAGAAAUAUUACAUCGAAUUGAAUGUCAACAUGGUUCCAAUAUAUAUUUAAUAGUCAAGAA